AUGGGAAACAUUUGCUCGAACUCUCCAAUCCCUAAGCCUUUAAAAAUAAAAAAUCCACUUUUAAUGCAGCGUUUGUAUGAGAUAAAGAUUAAGCCAAGAACUUGAACCAUUAGUUUAAAGAUAGCAAAAGAAGAAAGCAUAGAAAUACUUCCAACUACAGAAAACUUAUCAGACGAAUUUACUCAAUUAAAGGAGCAGCAUAAUGAUGAAAAAAUCCACUAUAAUGACUAUUAUAACAAGUCAGCUAAACUUUCGGUAUAUUUAACUUAGAUGAAGCUUUUUGAGAUAGAAGAGGAAAAACGAAAAACUAAAGAAGAUAUUGAUGAACUUAAAAGCAAAAUUGAACAGAUAAAUAAAAAUAUAAGGAAUAAUUCAUGUGAAAACAAAGAAAAUGAAAUUGGGAAUUUAUUGGAUAAUAUUGACAGAGAUAGCAGACAAAAACAAUUGCUUGAGGAAGAACUUAACUGUGCUUGCGAAUAUUACUGGCCUUUAGCUCUUGAGUAUGAAAAUUUAAGUAAAGUUCUGAAUGGGGGCGAGUCUAUCAUAAAUUAUUAUCAAUAUGUUUUAGGGAGUUUAAAAGCUCAUUUAGAAGAGCUUGAAAAGAAUAAUGCAAUAUAGAAAUUUCCCAUAGAUGGCGCUGUUUGCCUUUGAUUUGCCCAUGAGGAAAAUUUUUUGGUUUGACCAAACCAUAUGGUACUGGUCGAACCAAAAAAUUUCCACAGUGGGCAAAUCAAGGGUAAACAGCGCGAUCUAUGGGAAAAUUCUAUAUUGAAAAAAGAAUUGGAUAUUGCAGCAAAUUAUUUGACCAAAUAA